AUGGAGACAAUUACUGAGCUACCAAAAGCUCGUGUAAAUGCCAAAGUGAACCCAGAUGGGACAAAGGAACUGAGCUCUAAUGCUCCACUUGGAAGCCACUCAAGAGAUAAGGGAAUAACAGGACAAACACAGGAUCAAACAGGGGAGGUGGCGAUUGGCGAAAUUCCUCUUAUUGAUAUAUCGAGAUCUAGCGGUGAAACUUCAAAAAAGCUAGUAGAUGUUGAUGUGUUGCCAAAAGACAAGCAAAACCGGACAAAGACUCAACCUAACCUGUCGGAGGCCCAGCAAAAACACCCCGGACCUAGAGCACCUUGA